CUAAAAUUUUACCUGCCCAGUCACUGGGCACUCAGGUGUGAACGAGACAACACUAAUGUGAGAAACAAAAAUGUGCGUUACUUGUUAAUUGUGUUUUCGUGUAUUGAAUAAUUCUUGGUCCAAUUGUGUUUGUAUCAAGAAAACAAAAACAAAAAAUGAAUAUUAAUUCGAGAGAAAUGACUACUGCCGAAUUACAGAACUUGACUUGGGGCAAAAGGCAUCAAGUGCGAUCAAGAUUGUUGGAUGCUCAACUUUGGUCCGAAUUUUUAGCCAUCAAUAAUGAAAUGAUUGUCACAAAAACAGGGAGGAGAAUGUUCCCGGUGAUUAAAACGCAAGUUACCGGGUUGUGUCCGGGAGAUAUGUACACUGUAUUUUUAGAGUUUGUACAAGUGGUUGGACAACGAUGGAAGUACAUAAACAGCGAGUGGUCGCCGACUACCACGUCGGACCCGGCUACAAAGAAUCCGUUUUAUAAACACCCGGAGUCACCAAAUUUUGGCAAACAUUGGAUGGAUCAACCGAUUUCAUUUGCUAAAAUUAAACUUACCAACAGACCGGAUAACCCGGGACAGACUCACUUAAAUUCAUUACAUCAAUAUGAGACUAAACUUCAUAUAGUCAAAGUUGGAGAUCCGGAUGAUGUUCAAAUUUUUGCAAUGCCUCAAACCAGAUUUAUGGCAGUCACAGCAUAUCAAAACGAAGAGGUGACCAAACUUAAAAUCAAAUAUAAUCCGUUUGCGAAGGCGUUUAAAGACACUAAAGUCAAAGCUGAGGAAAAGGAUAGAAGAGAACAUCAAGAUGUUUAUCAGCCAGCACUUGGAUACGAAAGUAGUUUGAAUUUUUCUCACCACGAGAAUUAUAAUACAACAACAUCCGAUGAUUGGUUAUCUCAGUACGGAGGUCAAAGAGAACCAAUCAAUCGAUGUCAAUGUACAGCUUGUUAUUUUGUUAAGCCACAAGUCAAUCAUAAAAAGUGUGUCCCUAUUUAUAGUUCUGGCCAGGACGACGAACACACUGCAUAUCAGCAAGCAUCUUACAGUUGGACACAAUUAGGAGGAUAACGUAUAACAUAUAACAUAUUAUUAAUAUAUUUUCACAGCCUGAUAUGUUGACUGUUUUAAUUUAAUUAUUAUUUGAUUUGGGUUGUAUUUUGUACAAAUUAUAUUAUUAUUAAUUGUUGAAGUUGAUGUAUAUGUAUAAUACAUAAUAUAAGAGUUGAGGUGAAAAAAAUAUCUACUCAUGUUUGUCAAUCAUUAAUUUUAAAUUUUAAACGAUAUUUUGUCUCAAUGUGCAUCAACAAAAUCAAUUUUCGUUUUUAUUUUUAAAACUAAAUAAUUACUAACAAGUAUAUUUUUUCCUUGAUAGAACUCUUGAGCUACCUAAUUUAAUGAAAAAUAACAAUUUAUUUUUAAUAUGAAUAGUUUAAUAAAGUUUAAUAAUUAUUAAUCUCUAUGAUGUCUUCAACAUUAAUAUAUUUUCUCAAAUAUUUACACUCAACAUAUAAUAAAAAAAAUAGGAGCAUCAUAAUCCAGUUAAUAUAUUUCUAGUAUAUUGUUUAGAUAGUAUUUCUCCAUACUGUUAUUUAUAUAUAUAUAUUUAUUUUUAUAAUUUAAUGAAUAAUAAUAUUAAACAUUGAUAAAAUAUUAAUGUGUAAAUGUAAUUAUUAAAAAAAUAUACUCUACUGUAAAAAUGUUUGUAAAUGUUCAUUGUAUAUUUAGGAUUGUGACUAUGCGUUGAUAAUUUUGUUUUGGAGCAGCUGCUCUGCUGAAAUUGUAAGAGCGGGUGGUAAAUAAUUAGUUGUUUACUAUUUUGCUAAGACUAGAGAUCAGAGAUAUAGUAUUACCAUUGAUCGCAUAGAAUAGACUAAUCUAUAAUCAAUGGUAUUACAAUAUCUAAUAUUGUGAUAUUAUAAUAAUAGCAUAAUUAAAUUUAUUUAAAAGUUUAACGAAGGAAGAAAUUUUAUCAUAAUUUAUAUUAGUAUAAAUAUAAUUACCAUAACACAUGUACAGAUACAAUGUACCCCUAUGUAUAAACAUAUUAUAACAUUUGUUGUUAUUUUAACAACUUUCAUGUGUAACACAUAUCAUACAAUUUGUUUUGAGUUUAAAAUUUAUUUUAAUAGGCCUAAUAAAAGGAGAUAACUUUGUGGGAAGCAGCGAGUUAAAAUAAAAUCACUGAACUACAGGGAUUUCAAAAAUGUAAUUUAAAAAUCAAAUAUAAGACUGAUAAGUAUGUUUGUUAUGUUUAAUAAUAAAUAUGUAUUAAAAAUGCAAUAAUUAGCCAUGUGAUAAUAUUUGAAUGAUGAUUAAUUUAGUUGUUUAAAUGGUUUG